AGGAGGACGUCACACAUGCCAUUUUGGACCACCAUGGUCCACAGCAGAUUACAGAAUUGCUUCCUCAUAGCCGGCUACUUUGCUUACCUCCUGCUGGGCGCGUUCAUCUUCCAGGUUCUGGAGAGAGAUGCUAACAGGACACAUCAAGACACAGUUUUUAGGAUGAAGGCAGACUUCCUGAAGAACUUCACCUCCCUCAGCCCAGCGGAGGUAGAGGCCUUUGUGGAGAAUUUGAUGGAAGCCAUUAGGAUGGGGAUAUAUCCAACGGGAAAUGAGUUUCCUGAUGAAGACAGCAACUGGGAUUUCAGUAACUCUUUCUUCUUCGUGGGCUCUGUGUUAUCCACAAUAGGCUACGGAGACCUCUCUCCCAAAACAGCAGCCGGUCAGCUCUUUUGUGUUGUUUUUGCUCUCUUUGGAAUCCCCUUGAACAUCGUUUUCCUGCACCGUAUUGGCAAGAUUCUGUCAACUCUCUGUGAAAGGCUUGCUAAAUGGCUGUACAGGAAGGGAGUGAAGAAGAAAACCACCCGGAGCUUGACUCUUCUGUUCUUCCUAGUUAUGGGAAUCCUAGUUUUCCUUUGUGUGCCCUCGGUCAUCUUUCGCGAGAUGGAAGGCUGGACAUAUAGCGAAGCAAUUUAUUUUGCAUUCAUUACCCUCAGCACCAUUGGCUUUGGAGACUAUGUAAUAGGGAAACAACAUCGUAAGAACUAUUUUCCGGGCUACCGGAUUUUGGUAGCAAUUUGGAUUAUUUUUGGACUAGCCUGGAUAGCUCUGCUGUUUAAUUUACUUACAACAUUACUAGAAGCUACAGAAGAGAACCCCAUAGAAGAAUAUCUCCAGGUCAAGACAGUUAUACAAAAUAACAAAAACAAGCGCUCAGAAAGGGAUUCAUCUUCUAGAUCUCCGCUGGGAAAUGAUUUACCAUUACAUCCUGUUGGAGAUGAACAGAAAAAUCAGUUAUAACAGCAAAACAUAAUAUAUGCCGUGGUGAUUCUUCUGAUUUCCUGAAAACUGACCUGCUGAUCUUUUUGUUACGGAAUUCCAAAUAAAGUAUGAAAUAACCUGGAA